ACCAUCUGAAUCAUACCACGUGCCCAGAUCACGUGCCAGUGUGUCAUGUGACUCUAAUUUUAUAGUUUAAUCGGUGUUUUUGUUGUACUUGGGGUCUCGGGGGAUGCAGUUGUGAGAGGAGAAUGCUGCACAGUGGUCGUUGAUAACAGCCUCUCUCCUUCCUUUCACAAUCUAGCUGAAAUGACUCUGCGGAUGGGGUUCCUGGCUGUAGUUCUGCUGGGCCUGAGCUCGGCAUUGGUCUGUCCUGAUGGAGGGACGUGUGAGGACAAAGAGACGUGCUGCAAGAACAACUCAGGAGGAUACGGCUGCUGUCCUCUGCCACAUGCAGAGUGUUGUUCUGAUCAUCUCCACUGCUGCUAUGAAGGGACGCUGUGUGAUCUGAUCCAUCAGAAAUGUGUGAAUAAAACUGUAUCCCUCCCCUGGGUGAGGCGACUCCCAACCAAGCAGAGUCCACCUGUCCCUCAGCGUGGAGGCAGCGUCAAGGCCGUCUUGUGUCCAGACCACGAGUCAGAGUGUCCAGAUGACACCACAUGCUGCCAGCUCCCUGACAGCUCCUGGGGCUGCUGUCCACUACCAAAGGCGGUGUGUUGUGAAGAUAAACGCCACUGUUGUCCAGAGGGAACAACGUGUGAUCUGGUCCACAGCAAGUGUGUUUCUCCGUCAUUCCAAUCGAUCCCACUGCUGGAAAAACUUCCUGCUAAAAGACUUGGAAAUAAACUUGCUGUUGCAGUGAUUUGUCCAGGUGGGAAGAGCAGCUGUCCAGAUGCGUACACCUGCUGCCUGCUGACCAGCGGAGAAUACGGCUGCUGCCCUUACCCAGACGCCACAUGCUGCAGCGAUCAUUCCCACUGUUGCCCUAGCAACACGAUCUGUGACCUUGAACAUGGAGUCUGCAGGUCUGCUGAAGUCCUGACCCCCCUGAUGGAGAAGAUCCCUGCUGUGUCCACUGAUGUUGUGUGUCCAGACAGGAAGUCAGCUUGUCCUGACCAAACUACCUGUUGCCUGAUGAAAAACGGGACCUAUGGCUGCUGCCCACUGCCCAGUGCUGUGUGUUGUUCAGACUAUGUCCACUGCUGCCCUGCAGACACACAGUGUGACCUCCAGCACAGCACCUGUGUCCCCGCUCAGGACAACAUGUCCGUCUCUAAGGUCUUCGCUGCUGUGAGGCUUCAGAGCAGAGUUGUUCCCUGUAACGACUCGGUGUCCUGCGCUGAUGGAAACACCUGCUGUAAAUCUGCAGGGGGAGGAUGGGCCUGCUGUCCUCUAGCUCAGGCUGUUUGCUGUGAAGACCACCUUCACUGCUGCCCCCACGGCUCCGUCUGUAACCUGGAAGCUAAAACCUGCGACGACCCGUCUGGGUUCCCUCGGAGGCUCCAGUGGCUGACCAAAGUGCCCGCUUUGAGCUCGAGGCAGCGGGAGGAGACGUGUGACGAGCAGACGUGUCCCAGGGGCAACACCUGCUGUAAAGGGGAGUCUGGACUGUGGGCCUGCUGCCCUCUGCCUCAGGCUGUGUGCUGCAGCGAUCAGCAGCACUGCUGUCCACAAGGCUUCCGGUGCAACGUGGCCAAGCAGAGCUGUGACAGAGUCGGACACCUCGGCCUUCCGUGGUUUCAGAAGGUCCCUGGUCGGAAAAACGAGCCCAGUCGGGUUGACUCCAGUCGAGCUCCGUCUGACAGAAUCGUGUGCGACGCUCAGACCAGCUGCCCCAAAGACACAACCUGCUGCUUCAUGGAGAAAACCCACAAGUGGGGCUGCUGCCCGCUGCCACAGGCUGUGUGCUGCCAAGGUGGGAACCACUGCUGCCCCAGUGGACACACCUGUGAGCCCCACCGGUCCACCUGCUCCAGAGGUCCUAACACCAUCGCCUGGUUUACCAAACUGAGCGCUCGGACCGAGCCGAUGGACGUGAGCGACGUUAAAUGUGAUAACAAAAGUAGCUGCGCUUCAGGGACAACCUGCUGCAGGCUGCCGAGUGGAGAGUGGGGCUGCUGCCCGCUGGUGAAGGCGGUUUGCUGCGACGACCAUGAGCACUGCUGUCCUCAGGGAUACAGCUGCAACAUGAAGACAAGUACAUGUGAGAAGAAGGUUGACUCUCUGCUCCUCACCACUCUCCCUCAGAGUGAAGUGGUCCGGUCCAAACCAAGGGAGGCGGAGGACGAUGGAGACGUAUCAUGUGACAGCACGGGGGUGUUUCACUGCUCCAAACAAGAAACCUGCUGCAAGGUCUCAGACACGGAGUGGAGCUGCUGCCCGACUCACAAGGCCGUCUGCUGCUCCGACUCAAAGCACUGCUGUCCUGUUGGCUUCUCCUGUGACCUGAAGGCCGGAGGCUGCACCCAGAACCAGACCUGGGGCAGAAACAGAGACUUCUUCCCUCUGGGCUUUUAAUCCUUAAAGACAGAGGAAUUCUUCCUGUUGGGUUCCUCUGAGGGGCAUUCGCUGUUUUUAUAGUUUUGCUUUAGGUGUGAAGAUCAGAGCAAAUAUAUAAUUUAAGGGUAAAACUAUUUCAUGAGCUCAGAAAGCGUUGGGUUGACUUUGAUUGGACAGCUUCUCGUUCAGCAACAUUUAGUUGUAAAUAAUUUGAUCAAACCAGAAUUUCUUAAACCCACCCAAAGGGCCGCAUUUAGAGUUUAGGUGCAGCUUGUUGUUUUUCAUCUGCAUGGGUUUUCUUUGGAAAACGAAACGUUUUCACAGCUGCAGGCCUACAUAGGUUUUAAUCUGAAUGAAAAAAUACUAAAGACAGAAAAUAUUAGAGGCUUUUAGAUAGAAUAUUUUGAUUUUUGGUUUAAUGACAGCGGAGCUUCAGGUAGAACUAAAGGGGUUCAAACUACCAACUCAGUCUUUGUGGAGCUGUGGAGGAUCUAAAGGUCUACUCUGAUCUUUACUCAGGAGAGCUCGAUGGUGUCUGAUCAGCUGUUUAGUUUUUACCUUGAUGAGAGUAAAGGAGUGACAGGAGGUGAGCUCAUCCUGUGCCUUGAGUCGUUCCUGCCGAGUCUAAAUAAGUCGCUCAUUUCAGAUAUUUGUGCUUUUCACUGACAGAACAUUUUAUGUACGCGAGUUAAAAACUGCGCCUUUUUCUCUUUAACAGCUCAGACUCAGGAGAACGUUAACAGUCAAACACAUUUUCUGCCUUUUUCAGUGUUUUGAUUUUAGAUGGGUUUUUUUUUUAUCUCUGAUUUUGUUCAUUUGCUUUUUUCAAAAGUUUGUAAAUGAAAUUAUGAUAUAAAAACAAUUCAGCUUGGCUCAGUUUAGAAGCUCGGUCACAAAGACUGAAACCAAACAAGUAGGAGCAAAUAUGCAAAUGCCCAUAAAGUUUCACAAAACAUAGAAUAGUUUUCUUUUUGUUUCCUAAACAUUUUUUAUUUUGUAUAACAUAUUUUUUCUUUUACAUUUUUAUGUAUUUUCCUUCUGUCCUUUUCCUCCUAUAAUCAGGCGUAUUCGCUUUCUUAGGAAGUCUUCUAAGACGUUUAAAUUGAGAAACUGCUUGCAGACACCAGCUCCUCUGUCUCCGAGGAAAGUUCUCCUUGUUCUGGACUCAGAACACGUAAUGCACUGAUUACUGAUUUAUUAUUUAUUUAUUUUUCUGUAAAAUGCAGAUAAGUAUAAAGUUUAGUGAGUUAAUCUCAAAAGUAAAGGUAAAUAAAACAAAACCGGUUAAACAAUCAUAUUUAGUUAACAAAGUUUGAAUUUUCUAUUUAUUCUUGACGUUGUUGGUUUCAGUCCCCUGUGUGUGAAAGUUGUGAUGUUUUAUGGUGUUUUGUAUCUCGAAGCCUCUAUAAAGUUCAUGUUUGGAUAUUUUUAAAUGAACAUUUCAUCUUGAAGCCGAAAUAAAGUUAUUUAAAGCCUC